AGGUUGUAAAUGUCAGGCUGUUAAGCCCUCCCCUUUCUUCUAUACCCAAUUCUACCUGCAGGACAACUGCUGAUUCAUUCUUACAUAUUGGAAGGUCUGAAAAGAGAUUUGUGUGCACCUGUUCUCAUCUGACACAGCUGAAUAACAAGGAAAAUGAUGUCUUUGAAAACCACAGCAAGCAUCCUGCUGCUUCUUCAAGCAUUUCACCUGGCAUACCCACAAACUUCAACUGACUCUCCGGGACGUACAAUUGAUAAGAGCUGGCUCCGUCAGCUGCCCAAAAAUCUACUCAAAAGUGAAAAUACUACAUUUAGUGGAGAAAGCGAAUUUGAUCUGACAACUAAUCCAGUGGCAGAUUCCAGCAAAGAAUUUACCAGUGGAAUGGCAUCUGGCUUCAUGGCUCAAGAGGAGAACAUGACAACUCCUGAUAAGAGUUUAGAUGAAACAUUUGAUGAUUCCAACAUUAUGACUACAAUCAUUCCCGCUGUGUUUGAAAAUGAAACAACUGAGGAACCAAAUUCGCCAGCUGCAACCAUCUCUGAAAGAACAACAACAGAGGCCACAGAUUCAAUUCAAAGUAACAUGACCAACUACGAGCAGGAAUUUAAUACACCUAUGACAACAGGAAGUACAACCACUGUCUCGAAUACCAACUUACAGUCCACAACCACCAUGGACUCCACAGCCUCCACUGAGCCCACAACCGCCAUCGAGUCCACAACCGCCAUCGAGUCCACAACCGCCAUCGAGCCCACAACCGCCAUCGAGUCCACAACCGCCAUCGAGUCCACAACCACCAUCGAGUCCACAACCACCACAGGGCCCAUGACCACAACCGAGUCCACAGCCACCACAGAGUCCACAACAACCAUGGAGCCCAUAACCACAUCGGGGCCCAUGACCACCACGGGGCCCAUGACCACUACUACAACAAUGACCACAACCCCAGGGGAUGAUAAAGGAUUGACUAGUAUUACAGAAACUACCAACACACCUACUACAACUACAGCAGCACCUGAGAUAUAUACUUCGACUGAGCUACCAUCUGAAACCACCCAAACUACAUCUCUAUCCCCCACCUCUGUGAUGUCAGACAUGCCAGAUUCGGCUAAUAAGACCGGAAAAAUUGCAAGCGGCUCAGAGAGGGGCUCUGUGGCAGAAUCAGGUUCAGAGCUGGAUCCUUACAGAACUAAGAGGAACGCAGCCUGGUUAGCUGUACUGGGAACGGCGGCGGCAGCAGCUGUUCUGGGAUUGGUAGCCUACAUCAUUCUGAAAAAGAAACAUCAAAAAGCUUUCUCUCACAGGAAGCUGGUGGAGGAGUUCCCUUCAGAUCCAGUUCACAGAUUAGACAACGAUGAACCUUUGGACCUAAACUAUGGUGGUUCAGCUUACUACAACCCAGCACUCCAGAGGGACAGCAUCCAAAUGACCAACAUUCCAGGACGCCGUUGAAACUGAAAGCACUUCUGGGAGAAAAAUGAUCAUUUUUGGAAAAGAAUGUGACAUUUUUGGAAACGGACUGUUGUAGAGUUGCACUUGUUAAUGGGAAAAGGGAUCAAUUUCCAAUAGAUUAGGUUUGAGAUACAAAUAAUGCAUUGUAUUUGCAAGAAGACUCUAAGUUAUACUGCAAUAGCCAAAAUGAACUUUCUGCCAUUUAAGUAUGUUGCCAAAGGGAAACAAAUGAAGUCAUUCUAACAUAAAAAAUUUCUUUUAAAUUUGUUUUAAUGAAGGAUUUAAAAGGUGUUUUGGUACAACUUUUGUGAAAAUAUUUUACAGGCCAAAACGGCAUCCAAAACAUUCAAAACUAGAAAAUAAAACAAAAAUAUAACAUUGCUCCUAUGGCUUAAUAGAAAGGAAGUGCUGGUUUUGGACCAUUUGGAUACCUGAGAACACUGUUGACCAGCUGUUAUAUUUGAACCCAAUUUCAGAAGCCCAGAUGAACAAUCACUUUACGUAUAUUUACCAGCAAUCUUCUGCUGUUACAGCAUGAUGCAGGACACAGGUCAUAUUAAAAGUGUAAUUUGAGCUAUUCUACAACUGGCAAUUUACAGCCAGUUUGAGAGUUU